AAUGCCAAAUAAAAAGCGGGCAUCCAAACAGGGCCAUAUAUGGGUGGGUAAAACUGGUCGAAGGAAAGUAAAAAGAAAUCCAACAGCGAAAAAACCGAACACCCACCCCCGGUCACGUCUCUCUCUGCUACGAUCUGGUUCACACAUACACCACUACCGCCACAAAGAUACAAUUAGCUUCUUCUGAUUCUGCGUCUUCAAACAUGGCCUUGCUCCUUUUUUUCUUCUCUUGACCUUCCCCAACUCACAUAUAAACUGUAAUCAUUCGAAAGCAACUCCUUUUCUUUGUGUUGUGUUUGUCUUAAAUGGCCGACGUUUUUCGCUUGCCGUUCCAUUCACUUCGCUUCUCUGCCUCUCUGCUCACCUCCUUUGCUUCCUCCUCCAAGUCUCUCCAACCAGGUCUCCCACCCAAUAACUGCUUAGAUAAGAGGGUCUUUCCUGUUUCCUAUUAUUCUCUCUCUCGUCUUGCUUUCUCGCCCAGAAGCCACUUCCUUUCUAAUUUCAAGGUACAGGCUGCUGUUACUGCAACAGAACAGCCAAAAUGGUGGGAAAAGAAUGCACCAAAUAUGAUUGACAUUCAUUCUACACAAGAAUUUUUGACUGCUUUAAGUGAAGCGGGAGAUAGACUAGUGAUUGUAGAAUUUUAUGGGACCUGGUGUGCUUCUUGCAGAGCAUUAUUUCCCAAGCUCUGCAGAACAGCUGAGGAACACCCCGAGAUUUUAUUCCUGAAAGUGAAUUUCGAUGAGAAUAAACCUAUGUGCAAAAGUAUGAACGUCAAAGUCCUUCCAUACUUCCAUUUCUAUCGUGGAGCUGACGGACAAUUGGAAUCCUUUUCAUGUUCACUAGCAAAGUUCCAGAAAAUAAAGGAUGCAAUUGAAACACACAAUACAGCUCGUUGCAGCAUUGGCCCCCCAAAGGGAGUUGGAGAUCUUGAGUUAGAACCCUAAUUGGCUUCAAAGGACAAACCAAAAGAAUCUCCUCCUGCAUAGAAUUUCCAACUUGUAUUAAUAUGUCCAUCUCUGUCUAUUCUGCAAAGCAUAUGAACUUACACAGCCGGCGAUCUGCUUGUUUUCUGUAUAUUUGAAUUUUUCUGUGUAAAAGAAUACCGGGCAUAAGUAGUUGUCCUGCCAUAUUCUUUGCAAUUCUUGUUCUAGAUGUAAUGUAUGUAUUUCAAAUUCAAAACUCAUUGGACAUGAAAUUCCAGGUUCUUAAGAAUAUUUAUUUAGUGA